CUGAAACAUCACCACAAACGAAAUAGCAAUGCCUUCUGUCUGGAUUCACCUGCUGGGACUUCUGGCCCUGUUCCUUUUCGUGACCCUGGCUACAGGAGAUCCUUUCCCCUUUGACGAGAGACGCCACAGGGGCUGGAACCCAGGCCCAGGAUCAAUGCCACAGAUUCCCACUACACCGCCUUUUAAUCCAUAUGGAUGAGAAGACUUAAGUCGCAUUUAAAUUAUGUGCAUAUAAACACAAAAAUAAAUAUAGCUAUCUGAAUUUCA